AUGACCGACACAAAGAAGGAAGUGUUCAACGAACUGUACGAUGCCACAAUACUGACGACCGGAGUCGUCGGAGUAUCCUACCUUGCUAAAAACGUUGCUGGAAAAAGUCUUGGCGCACCGAUGACCUUGGAAGGAGUGGCAAAGUUGGCUGUUGCCGUAGCCGUAGCCGGAAGCGCAUUUGCCAUAGGAUAUCUGAAAGAUAAGGGAUAUAUUCCCAAAAUGAUUGAUAAAUAAAAAUGACAUCCGUUGUUGUAGGAUGACUUUUUAAUGCCGUAGCCUUUGCCGCAGCCGGAUUUGUUUUCUCUAAAUUAAAUGGACAAGGAUACAAGGAAGAAGUGAAAAGACAUAACCAAGCAUUGGAAAAACUUGCGAAAGCGAAAGAAAAAUUUUAUGAAUUCGAAGUAAAGCGGAGGAACGACGAAGCCCGACGUCGAGCCGAGAUCCUGGAUGCUAACAAGGACAUUGAGGAAACAAACAGAGCGCUGGAAGAUUUAAGAAAUUUUACGAGACUCAUGGACGAUUCGGCAUCACAACGGAAACCAAAAUUGGAAGAUUAUUAUCAGCCGUCGGACGAAAUGAAAACGUAUGCGAUGAUGACGAUGGGUGUUUUGGGAGUUUGUAGUGCCCAUACGGACUAA